CGUUAUGUCAAACAUACAAUAAAGUCAAAGAGUGCUGCGGCUGAAGAGAAAAAAUUUAUUUUGUGAAAUAUUUAAUAUUAUUUUUAAUAAAUUUUACACCUUAAAAUAGAAAAAAUAAUUAACAAAUAUUUACCAUUCUAAAGCCAGUGCUAACGGCAUGACAUAUUUCAAACAAAUAAAAUACAAACAAAAAGCAAAAAUUGUGUGAGAAAAAAUAAUUUUGUGAAGAAAACAAAACGGCCUGAAAAAAAAAUUGAAAAGAAAAGAAGAAAAAAACUUAAAUAAUUCUUAUUGUAUAUUAUGAAUGAAGACGACAAUAAAAUUAGUGCGAGUGUUGUGAACGAUCCUCAUCAGCAGCAGUCAAGUGGAAUAAGUGCAUGUCAAAAAAGAAAUCUAAUACGACUGCUGCGACGGUCACGAUCGACGGCAACCUCAAUGCCUGCAGCACCCCUGCAGGUGGACACCAAUAAUGAAUCGGGACCGGAACAGCAACAACUGCUAAAUGCUGCCUUCAAACAUCAUGAUAACAAGACAGUGCAGGCAACAAAAAAUAAUGCUUCCGGCAAAACGGACGUACCGCCGACAACGACGGUGUGUAAUAUGUGCUGUCGCAAGGAUGAAGUUUGUGUUAAUCUGCAAAAUAGUCAUGCAACCGUAUUGACUGUCAGUGAUAUUACGAGACUGCCAAGUUGGGAUAUCAGACAAAUUUUAGCUGCCGUUUGUUCUCGUUGCUUAGUUUAUAUUGGUGCUAUAACCGAAUCAUCUUCGAAAUUACGUAUGCGUUGCGAACAGGCUAUGCACAGCCAGACUGUUGUUUUAGCUCCACCCACACCCGAUACUAGUCCCAAUAAUUUUCUGCAAGUAACUACCACAUUACUGGAUGAUACAGCAGAUCACUCGAAUACUCUGCAACCACAACGCAAUUGCUAUGCUCCUGGUUAUUGUGAUGAUACAGCUAAUGAUUUGACCUUACCGCUUGCCACUGCAUCACCUCCUGCCCCUAAUCUAUUAUCGAAUCAAACAUUUGAUGCCAUAUCAAGAUCUCCUACGCCCACUAAUGCCGGACAUGAUUCAAUGUUAAGAAUACAUUAUGAGCGUCCCGUUUCCCCACUAAAUACCGAAUCAGGUGGGGGUGGUAAAAAUAAUAAACGCAGCUAUCAGCGUGUACAGGUUAUACCCGUCCAAAUGAUAUGUACACACUGUAAUCGUGCCUACUGGCGCAAGGAUUACUAUCGCAAACAUAUGCGUCGCUGUAGCGCCAAAAAUCGUUAUGCCAAAUCAAUGAUGCCAACACGUUCACGCAGUGCCAGUCGCUUGGAAUUGGAUACCAUAUCUGUGGCCUCGGAGGGAAAUGAACGUGUCACUUGUACGAAUCAGCCGCGUACAUAUCGUUGUAAUAUUUGUACUGUUACAGUGGAAAAUCUAGCUAAAUUACGUCAACACAAACGUAUACAUUUGCCACGUUACUACUGUGACAUUUGCAGCGGUGAGUAUACUUCACAAAAUGAUUAUGAUUUUCACCGGGUGGAAUGUAUAGCCAAAAAGGAAGUUUUUGAAAAAGGUUUAGAGGAUAUAAGAAAUGAAGUUAAAUCACCCGAACUAAAACCGGCCAGAAGAAGGACACGUUCCUAUUCAAAGGCAGCUUCAGUAGCCCCUAGUGUAGCAUCUUCUAAGGCGGAAACUGUUAAAAAAGUAAAAACUGGCAAAAGAGGUAGACCGCCUAAAAUUAAGCCAACAGAACAGUUGGCAGCAGCCAACGAUGAUGGUCAAUCUACCAUAACAAAUUAUGUUAAAAGGCACAAACAUCUUUACACCAAUGAGACAGAAAAUGAAAGUAACAAAACUACUUCACAACUAAACAAGGAACAUAAAAUUUUAAAAGCUAAAGACAAAGACAAAGAAAAACAAAAAAUAGAGGCAGAACAGAAUGACGAUGAUGAUGAUGAUGAAGACGAAGAAGACGAUGUCUCCCAAGCAGAUACUUUGUAUUCAAAACGUUUAUCUUUCACCAAUCACUGGGUGGAAGAGCACAGUAUAAGUUCACAUAGUCAUUUGUCGCAGAGCGACAACUAUAUUGAUGAAUAUAUGGAAGAUAUACCAUUUCGUUCUCUUAAGGAAUAUGAUCUUUAUUUACUUGAACGCUUAAAAAUUGAGGUGAGACUUAACUCGUUAACCUGUUUUGUGCCAGACUGUAGAUUCACCUGUACCACUCUCAAUGACAUGAUGGUGCAUGAUUAUAUCUAUCAUUUUAAAAAGCCUUGGUUUUAUUGCCACAAAUGUGGCUAUUGUUUUACCAGCAAAGUAUUUCUAGACUAUCACCUGGAUUUGCAGAAUAAAGGACGCUAUGUUUGCUAUAAAUGUGGCGGUCACUUUGAAUAUCAACAUCAAUUAGAUCGUCAUCUAAUACAACACAAUCGACUGAGCCGUAAUGGUGGUGAAAAAUAUAUUUGCCAUUGUUGUAAUUUUAAAUUCUUAGACGAGGAUAAACUUUUAAAACAUUGUCAUUAUGAAAAUCAUGAUUGGAAUGCCAAAAAACAUACCAUUGAAAUUGAUCAUACGAUGACCAUCUCUAAUAAAGUGCCGCCGCAAAAGAACAACAAAGAUCGUAGGAGUAAAAAAUAUCAAGUUAAAAUACUCAAUAUGGUAUUGCAACCGAUGCCUUCAAAACGCUGCGUACCCAUGGAAAAAUAUCGUUUACAUUUACCGCCACAUUUGCGUAUACCCAAUCGUAUUGGUCAAGUUGAAUUUCGUUAUCCCUCAAAUCCCAAUUGUGUAGGUUGUUUAUAGCGUCCAUAUAAAGGCAAGUAUAAUGUUUAAAUUUGUUUAGUCUUUGUUUUUGUUGUUUAUUAUUUUUUAUAUAUUCGUAUAAUUUAAUACUCUAGUUUGUAAUUUAGAAUUUGCCGGCAGAUUUUUUUAUUUCAUUUUUCUAAAAGUUUAUACAAAAUGUGUUAAAGAAUUUAUCAUAUUACAAUAUUAUUAGCAAAUAUUUGUUGUUCAAUAUAGUUUUAUCAAAUUAAAACAUCUAAUUAUUAAAACUACUUUGCUUCUCUAGAAAUGUUAAUCAUUUUUUUCUUUUUAAAGUUUAACAUUAAAGUUAACUUUUUAAUCAGAUUGCUCAAAUAAUGAUGUUUGUUGUUUAAUUGUGUAAUUUUGUUUGAAAAAGAAUAAAUAAGAUAUCAAAAUAUUCUCGAAAUAUAACGCAUUUACCACAUUUGCAUCACAAAUAAAAAUGGACAUUUUAAAGCAGACGCUUUUACUCUUAAUGGUAAAUAAGUCUAAUAUUGAAAACAUUAAUAAUACAGUUUGCUAUACAACAUUAUCAUUUACUAUUGCCCAUCUAAUUUGCAAUCCUUAAUAUCAUUACAAAUAAGUCUUGCAAAUAUGCAAGAUCAAAAAAGUGUUUCAAUGUCAAAUAAAAACAUAUUACAUUAUUAAAAAAAAGGAGGAGAAAUAUAAAAUUUUAGUAUAUUUCCUGAUCUAUAGUCUGAUAUACAGACUGGAUUAUAGUCUGAUCUAUAGACUUCUUUAUAAUAUGAACUACAAACAGGUCUGUAGUCUGAUCUGUAAACAGAUCUAUAGCCUAAUCUUUAGACUGAUCUAUAGAUGUGUAAUCUGAUCUUCAGUAGCUUGCAGUCUGAUCUAUAGAACGGUCUAUAGACAGAUCUAUAGUAUGGUCUAUAUACUGGUCUAUAAUAUAAUUUAUAGACUGAUCUGUAGCCUGGUCUGCAGCCUGGCCUAUAAACUGACCAAUAAUCUUAGUCUGUAUAGACUAAUCUGUUCAAUUGUUGAUCUACAUACUUGUGUAUAGAGGGAUCUAUAGUGUUAUGGCCUAUAGUAUUUAGAUCUAUACACUAAUCCAUAGACUUGAUCUAUAGACAGGACUAUCUGAUAUACAGAUAACUUUAUAAUAUGAUCUACAAACAAGCCUGUAGUCUGAUCUAUGGACUCAUAUAUAACAUGAUAUAUAGACUGAUCUAUAGAUAUAUAUAAUAUGAUCAUCUGACUGGAUUGUAGUCUAAUCAAUAGAAUGGACCGAUCUAUAGACUGGUAUACAGACUGAUAUUUAGACUGGCUUAUAGUAUGAUAUACAGACUGGACUAUAGUAAGAUCUAGAGACUGAACUAAAGACUAGUCUAUAGUCUGAUCCAUAUACUAGUCUAUAGACUGGCCUUUAGACAUAUAGACUGGUCUUAUAACCUUAUUUAUAGACGGAUGUAUAGUCUAAUCUAUAGACUGGUCUGUAGUCUGAUGUACGUACAGGAUUAUUGUUGAUCAUAAACUGAUAUAUAAUCUGGUCUAUAAACUGAUCUAUAAUCUGAUAUACGGACUAUAAAUCAGACUAUAUUCUGUUCUAAAGAAUUGUCUAUAGUCUGAUCUACAGACUAUUCUAUAGGCAAGUCAAUAGAAUGAUUUACAUCUCCAAGCUGAUCUAUAGAGUGUACUAUAGUAAGAUCUUUAUUUGGAUCUUCAAUCUGAUAUAAAGAAUAUAAUUUAGACUAUAUAUUUUGAUCUAUAGACUGGGCUAUAGUCUGAUCUAUAGACUGGGAUAUAGAGUAUAAACUGGGCUAUAGUCUGAUCUAUAGACUGAGCUAUAGUCUGAUCUAUAGACUUAUUUAUAGCCUUAUCUGCAGCAUAGACUAUAGACAAGUCUAUAGAAUGGCCAAUAGCCUGAUCUUUAUGAUGAUCUAUGGACUGUCCUAUCUUAUCUAUAGUUUGAUCUAUAGACUAGUCAAUAUAUUGCUCUAUGGUCUGACUUACAGACUUCUCUAUAGUCUGAUAACUAAAACUGGUCUAUAGAAGCAGCUUAAACGUUGAUAUCACCGACUGUAACCUACAGUUCUGGAACCAAAUAUUUCAUUGGUGUUACUUGCUCGUAAUAAUUCUAAUGAAACUUCAGUGUCUUUGGCUCUACAAUAAAAUACAAAUUUGCCUAACUUGCGUUUAAGGUUUAAAAACCAUUUAUCACACUGUUUUUUAUAUAAAAUACUCAGAAAAAGUAAAAAUGUUUUUUAUUUUAUUAAGUUUAUAAUUUAAACAAGUUUUUAGUUUAAAGUUACCCAAAUACUUAAUAUGUUCCUUUAUAUAUUUAUUGUUUUAUUAGUUUAGUUGCAAAAUUAAAUUAAAUAAUUAUUAAAUAACAUUUAAUGCAAGAGAAAAAAAAAAUAAAGCAUUUUGUACAAAACAAAAUA